AAGCUGCACUCUCUCUCUCUCUCUUCUCUCUCUCUCUCUCUCUCUACCCACCUCAAUACUCUCUCUCUCCCCAAAAUGUCCCCCCAGCUGGAGAGGAAGGAUGGAUACAUGUCUUCAAAUGUCCUCCAAUCCAACAGCCACCAAUCCCUCUCUCCUCAAACCCAAAACUUUUUUCACCUUCCACAAUUGCCCUUCUGUAACAUUCCAUCUUCAGGCUCUUCAUCACUCAUUUACUCUGUAUUCUUUGUCUCCCUCCUCCAUGGGCCUUUUCGGGUUCUCACAACCCAGAGAGUUUCUUCUCAAAGACCCAAAAAACGAAACAGACAGAUGUCCAUCUGUUUUCUGUAUACACACAAAAACCAUCUCUCUCCAUAAUUUCAUUUAUUUAUUUAUUGUUGUUGUUCCUCCUGUAUCUCUCUCUUUCUCUCUCUCUCUCUCUCCAUUGUCUCUCUCCAUUGUCUCUCUGGAAUCGAAAACCUUAUCUCCUUUUUCGAUUUGGCUUUUCAUUUCCUUUCCUUAAUCUAUAAGGUUUUUAUCUAUUUUUUUUUACUAGAAUUUGCGAGAGGGUAUUUUUUGGUCUCUAAAAAUAAGAUUUUUAUUUCCUGAUUGGAUGUGGAUUUUUGGUUUUUUCACUGUUAAAUGGUCAAAGAUUGGACCUUUGAGCAGGAGAUGAAGAGGGUUCAACUGGGUUUCGAAUUUGGUCACUUUUCUCUCUUGAAUUUUGUUGGGUUUUUGUGAUUAAAUUUGGGAUUUGAAGAGGAAGAUGAAAAGGGCUGCUGGCAACCGUAAGCAAUCUCAGCCUGCUGAUGAGGAGACUAGGACAAAGUUCAGACAUGAAAGUCUUAUGCAGGAUUACCUUUUACGACAAAAGGAAUUUGUAUCAAAGAAGAAGAUGAUGCAAGCUGCGAAGCAGAAAAGAGACGUUCUUUUGGCGGAAAUUCGAUUUUUGAGACGAAGGUAUAGCCAUCUGCUGAAGAUGAAAUCAGCAGAAACCGAACCAGAAGUCCGUCAUCAGAAUUCUGAUGUACAACCUAAGAAGUUGGCAAAGAAGAAAAAAGAUGCUAAUGAAGCUGUUGUAAAUAAACCCUCUCGUGUCUCGCCGGAAGGAGGAGGAGGAGGAGGAGAACACAUUGUUUCGGAGCCCGUAAGAGAAGAGAAGAAGCGUAAAAAUCGUGUAGUUAAUGGCAGAAAGGUUGGAAAGAAAAAAACUGCAGUGCAAGAUCAGGUUUCUCUGAAUGUUUAAAUUACUCAUAGUGAAAGCCAAAGGCCUUAAACAAUCUCAUUGUCAUUGCGAAAGAUAAAUACAAUUGGUCUUUUUUCGGUUUUA